AUGAACCACACAUUCAAACGCCUGUGCCUCGCGGCCCCGAACCCCCGGCUUCCUACCGGCGCCGUCUCCGGGCUCCUCCGGGGAGGCCCUGCCGCUGUCUCUCGCCGGUCAGCCUUCACAGCCGCCGGCGCUCCGACGUUCCAGGUCUUCAACCGCCGCACAAAAUGGCUGCAGAAGGAGCGCGCUGCCUCAAAUCCCGAGGCCAGCAGACAGGCUGACUACCUCAAAGACGAAGUCGCCUCACGUCUAUGCGAGAGGCUACUCGACAUCAAACGCUCCUUCCCCCGUGUCCUCGACCUCGGCGCAAACUCCUGCAACAUAGCCCGCGCCCUCACCCGCGAGAACCCGGACCCGGACCCCACGAAACCAAUCUCCCCGCCCCUCGCCACCCGCAUCGAGGAGCUCGUCGCCGCCGAGUCCUCCCACUCCCUCCUCCACCGCGACGCCGACCUCCCCUUCAACGCCGACAUCAACAUCUCCCGCCAGGUCCUCGUCGACGAGGAGCACGUCCCCUUCGAGCCCGCCUCCUUCGACCUCGUCCUCAGCUCCCUCAGCCUCCACUGGAUCAACGACCUCCCCGGCGUCCUCACCCAGAUCAACAACGUCCUCAAGCCCGACUCCCCCUUCAUCGGCGCCAUGCUCGGCGGCGACAGCCUCUUCGAGCUGCGCACCUCCCUCCAGCUCGCAGAGCAGGAGCGCCGCGGCGGCAUAUCCCCCCACGUCUCGCCCCUGGCAGAUGUCCGCGACGUCGGCGGCCUCAUGCAGCGCGCCGGGUUCAAGAUGCUCACCGUCGAUGUCGACGACAUCAUCGUCGACUACCCAGACACCUUUGCCCUGAUGCAGGACCUGCAGGCCAUGGGUGAGGGUAACGCCAUCCUCGGCCGCGAGAUGGGCGCCAUCAGGAGGGAUGUGCUGUUGGCGAACGAGGGCAUCUACAGGGAGCUGCACGGCAACGAAGACGGCAGCAUCCCCGCUACAUUCAGAGUCAUCUACAUGAUCGGGUGGCACGAGGGCGGCGAGCAGCCCAAGCCCCUGCCCAGAGGAUCCGGAGAGAUCAACCUCAAGGACGUGCUCGAGUCCAGCUAG